AUGGCGCUUGACUUCUGGACUGGAGUCCCUGUCGGACUGGUGGCGUUGGUGGGUUUGCCUCAUGUGAUGCUGUGGCCAGGUAGAAACUUCGAGGCCCUUCCGGCAGCGCUGGGCCGCUGCGCGCGGCUGGUGACCUCCGUGCCCAUGGGACACCUGGAGGAGGAAGUGCUGGAAACCUCAUGGCGAGAAUUCCUCUGGAGCCUUGAUGAAGAGCAGCUGGACCGGGCCGAGCGAUGUGGGCUGAGCACACCGGUCUCAGGUUCGAUGCCAUCCACACUGCGGCUGCUCAUCAAGGAGCUCGCAUGGCUCGAAGAGAUGCUCCUACCAGGCUCCGGUUCCCAAGGAGGGGCCGGUGGCAUGCCAGUGCCGGGCAUGAAGCAGUCAAAGGCCCAGCAAGUUGCUGGAUGCCUCAAGGUCAUUCAGCAGCACUUUGACCGCACCAGAGUGCUUCGUAUCCUUGACUUGGGCUGCGGUGCUGGCGCACUGACGCAUGCCCUGUCCCAGGCCCUGGUCGUUCCCGCCCUGGGCCUUGACCGGGAUGCAGCACAGGUGGCACGCGCGGACGCUAUGAGAAGGCGACCCGUCGCUCGGCCAGUGGGGAGUGGAUCAGCUGUGGAGUUUCGCUGCUGCGACCUAGAUGCUGCGGCGCUGAGUGGAGUAGUGCAGGAGGGCGACCUGGUGGUAGGGCUUCAUCCCUGUGGCAGUCUGGGAGACAACACCAUUGAGGCGCUGGCAGCGCUGGCACGUGAGAACAUGAGGCCAGGCCUGCUGCUGGUCUCCUGUUGCCUGCAGGGUCGUGCCUGGGCGCCAGUGCACGAUCCGCGGCCGCCGGUGUCAUGCCUCGGGCAGGCCUUGAACCUCAGCCUCCCUCGCGUGGCCUUGCAGCGGAGCAACCUCUGGCGUAGCGGAGGUCGACGUGGACGCGGAAGACUGCCCACCCGCCUGGCCUUGCGGCGCUUAUUGGAGCUCCGCGGCCGCCGCUUCGCGACGGCCUCCCCCGAAAGCCCCUCGCUGCGCGGCUUGGGCCACGGCAGCUGGCGCGAGCAAGCGCAAAGAGCGAUGGAGCGGGAAGGCCUAGCGCCCCCAAGCCGGGCGGAAGUUCUCGCAUCAGAACGGUGGGCGGAACAAGAGGUGCCGAGAUGGAGGCGCUUGGGGUUGCUCCAGCCACUGCUGGGGCGCUUGGCCGAAUUUUCGGUGAACUUGGAUCGUGCCCGGGCCUUGCAGGAGGUGGGCCUCGCCGCUGCGUUGACCACGGCCUUCCAGUCCAGCGCCAGUCCCAGGAACUUGGCCAUUGUGGCGGGCGAAGCAGUUGCCUCUGAGCGGCGCCCAAAAAGUCACGGCUUCAUCAUGGGCUACACCAUCCCUCUCUUCUUGGAGCAAGGACAUGAGGUGUAUGGUGUGGACAACUUCUGGAAGUAUGGCACGCUUUCCCGUGGCUUUGAGAAGCAUCCCCGCUUCCACUUCUACCAGGGCGACGCCAAGGACGUGGAAUUUCUGCGGAAGAUUGUUUUCGACAACAAGAUCGAGAUCUUCAUCGCAGCUGCGGCGAUCAUUGGGGGCAUCUCAAUGUUUCACAAGUUAGCUUACUUUCUGCUGGCAGAGAACGAACGCAUCACCUGUGCUGCUUUCGAUGUUUGCGUCGAGGCAAAGCAGGCCGGCUUCCUGGAGAAGGUGGUGGUGAUCAGCAGCUCGAUGGUCUACGAGUGCUGCGAGACCUUUCCCUCCAAGGAGUCGGAUCUGAAAUCCUGCCCUCCUCCGCAGAGCACGUAUGGCUUUCAGAAGUUGGCCUGUGAAUAUUUUGCCAAGGGAGCUUGGGAGCAGCACCAGCUGCCAUAUACCAUCAUUCGACCCUUCAACGCCGUGGGCAUCGGCGAGCAGCGCGCGACCACGGAUUCGGAGGUGCUGAGUGGCAACGUGAAGCUGGCCAUGUCGCAUGUGGUGCCGGAUUUGGUGCAAAAGAUCUUGAAGGGGCAGAAGCCGCUUCAUAUUCUGGGCGCUGGGAAUCAGAAACGGCACUACACCUACGCUGGGGAUUUGGCCAAGGGCAUCGUGAAGUGUAUCAUGGAUCCACGCUCCAAAAAUCAGGACUUCAAUAUCUCGACCAGCGUGGGCCACACCGUCCUCGAGUUGGCAGAAGUCAUUUGGAAGAAGCUCAACGGGGACGUGCCCUUCGAGUAUGUCUCCGACGAGCCCUUCCAGCAUGACGUUCAAAUGCGGGUACCUUGCGUCCAGAAGGCCAAGGAGAUGCUGGGCAUUGAGUGCCUCACCUCGUUGGAAGAAGCCCUCGAGGAGGUCAUUCCAUGGAUCAAGGAGCAGGUUGCCCUUGGCACCAUUUGA